GCCUAGACCUAGACCACCAACUGCUGGGCCUCUAAAAACGUCAACUUUUGUCUUCUUCUGCUCGGCCUUCAGUUCCCGACACAUAUACCGCUACUUGAGUGGUACCGACCUACCUACUACUUGAGUGUUUUUCCCGCUGCCCUACAUGUCGGGGGCCUACUCCCGCCACUUGGAGUGUUUUGCCCGCUCCAACCCUGAAAGUCACGGCCACAGGUUGUGCUUUAGCUAACGUCGAGUGUGUGGAGCUCAAGGAGAACAAUCUUCCUGAGUUGCGUAUAUAAAGUGUGGAGCUCAAGGUUUUGUGCCAUCGUCGUAGCGAUCAACGCUUGGCAUAAUGGCAGAGGACUUCCCUUGCGAUAUGCCUUUGUCUGGAGAAGCUGUUGUUGCCGUUCCAACUGCGCCCGGAGCGCCCAUUAUCGUUCCGUCAGAGGAAAAAACAUUGGUUAAGAAGGUUCGUCUCCUCCUCCAUCGACAAUUUCAGAUUGGCGUUGGCGAUGGUCGCACGUUCGUCGGCAAGUUUCACUGCCUGGACAAGCAGGGCAACAUCUUGCUCGCAGAUGCAGUCGAGUACAGGCAAACGAGCAGUGACUUCUGUGAUGCGGGUGGCGAAAAAGACGACAGCAAGAAAGAGGAGCUUAGCGUGCCUGGAAGGCAGCCCCUUCGACCUCAGAUGGAGCAGCGCAGCCUGGGUCUGGUCCUGAUUCCGGCGAAAGCGCAGGUUUCAUGCAAGCUAGUGACAAGGAUGGACGACAAGAUGGCCCAUCUCUCUCUCAACCCCUGAAAUACCUUAUGACCCGUUGCAGCGAUAGCUAUGGCACUAUCAGGGUGACGACCGUGGACCUCGUUCCACCACUCAACGUUUGACCCGUAUCUGGACUGCGUAAUGGACCAGAUGCAUUCGAGCUGAUGGAACAUUUUGAAUAUACUGGAGCCAGGAAAAAAAAAAAAAAGGAUUGCGGCGUUAUGAAUUGCUGCAGUGAUAGGUAAGGGUUACAUUAGAAUGU